CCCCUCCUUCUCUCUCUGUCCCACAAACCUCACAUUUUUACACUCACACCCACAAAGAAAAAACACUUCUAACUUAACUUACACUACUUUAUAUAUAUAUAUUAUACACACACGUACAUAUACAGUUAUGGAUUUUUCUGAUGCUUCUUCGUCUUCCCAUCGUUCCACUCUUUCCGACGACGAGCUUCUUCUGGCGUCUCGAUACCCCAAGAAGCGAGCGGGGAGAAAGAAGUUUAAGGAAACUCGUCAUCCUAUUUAUCGUGGUGUGCGACUGAGGAAUUCUGGUAAGUGGGUUUGUGAAGUUAGAGAGCCUAAUAAGAAGACACGGAUUUGGCUUGGAACUUUCCCCACUGCUGAGAUGGCUGCUCGAGCUCAUGAUGUGGCUGCCAUCGCUCUUAGGGGAAGGUCGGCUUGUCUUAAUUUUGCUGACUCUGCUUCCACGCUUCACAUUCCGGCUAGUGUUGAUCCUAAGGAUAUUCAGAGGGCUGCGGCGGAGGCUGCCGAGGCAUUCCGGCCGCAGGAUGAUGAGUUGACGCCGGCGGUGGUGGAAGAGGAGGGGUUUUAUUUGGAUGAGGAAGUGGAGUUUGGGAUGCCCGGGUUGUUGACGGAUAUGGCGGAGGCAAUGUUGUUGCCGCCGCCCAAUUGUGUGGGGAAUUACGACAAUGACCACUUUGGGGCUAAUUCUAUGGAUUUUGAUGCCGACAUGUCGUUGUGGAGUUACUCCAUUUGAUCAUACACGUCAAUUAAAUUGACGCGUAUCGUUAGGGGUAAUCUGGGGUUUUCUCCCCAUCAUCUUUCUUGGUGUCAAACUGCCAAAGCCAAAGUGCCUAAGGAAGAAAUUUUAAAAAAUUAAGAAUAAUUAUUUCUUAAAUUAAAAAAUUAAAACAAAAUAAUUAAAUAAAUAUAAAGUUUCUGUCUGUAAAUAAUGUUAAUAAGAGAGUUUUUUUUUUCUUUUUUUUUCUCUUUUUCUUUUCUUUCAUUUCCUUUUUGCUAUAAACUGUUGAAAGAAAAGAGCAAAACAAAACCACUUUAAGUAAAUUUGGGCGAUCUUCAAGCUAAAUCCAUGUCAAACGAUGUCUGCUUUGAGCAUGGGUAGCAAGUUUUUGGUGCGCCACAUAAUUGCCCUUUUUACGGUUAACAUAUAGGAGAAAAACCAUGGACACAUAAUCCCCUCUUUGUUGGUUGAAUAAUCAUGUUACUAUAAAGUGAAGAUUCAUACAAAAGCGAAUGAGGGAAUCAGUCUCAACCAGGAAGGAACGACUGCCAGUUUUGAUGACAUUGGAGACUAUUUUGCAAGUAAUUAAGUGUCCAUUAGUUUACCCAGAAAGAAUGAAUAAUAGCAGUUUCGAUGGCGUUGUAGAUUAUUUAGUACUGAGUAAUUAAGAGUCCAUUAGAUUGAGUUAUCUUGGUUCCCCCAAAGAGUGUCAAAAUUUGUACUCGGCAGGGAGAAGUUUUGUUCACCUAGCUAGUAUCUGUAAUUUAUACCUAAUAAUAAUUUAUAUAUCCUAUAUAUAUGUUAUCCUAACUUAAGACUUUA